GAAGACAUCAGUUGUUCAACUCUUCAACCGCUCUCAACAUGAAACUAUUUGUUAUCGCCGCUUUCUUGGCCGUCGCUGCCGCUGUUCCAUCCAGCUACAAGCCGGAAUACAAGGCUCCCAGCUAUCCUGCCCCAAGCUACCCUGCACCAAAGUACGCAGCACCUGCCUACUCUGCCCCAGCCUACUCCGCACCUGCCUACUCCGCACCUGCCUACUCCGCACCAGCCUACAAGGAUAACAAGUACGCUGGUAUCACCAUCACCAGCCAAUCUGACGAGCGCAAUCUCGAUGGCAGCAGCCAAUGGAGCUAUGCCCAGUCUGACUACACCACCCGUGAAGAGUCUCAGGUUCAGAAGAAAAUGCAAGGAGUUACUUACGACUCUUAUGGAAAAGAAUCGUACGGUGAAGUCCUCGGCAACACCAACAAGGGAUCUUCCUACUGGAUCUCCCCCGAAGGCCAGAAGUUCACUUUGACCUGGGUUGCUGAUGAUGCCGGUUUCCAGCCCAAGGGUGACCACUUGCCCGUUGCUCCCGUCCACGUCUACGAACUCCCAGUUGCACCCGUUCACGAAUACGUUCUCCCCGUCGCCCCGGCUCUCCCCUACUCCCGCACCGGAGCUGGUUAUUAAGUUGUGAAUUUUUCCGCCGUGAAAUUUGAAUGGCGUGAGCCAUCCAAGUGUAAUUUAUUGAUAAGAAAUAAACGCAAAUUAUGUUUUGAA